AUGAAGUCUCGCCUAGUAAUUCUCCUAUUCGCCAUUGGCGUGGCCAUUGCAGUGGCACGCGAGAUCGGCAAGGAGUAUGGUGACAUGGAGGUGGCUGCGUCCCACCAUCAAGAACACCACGAGAAGGGUGGUGGCGAGGAGCACCAUUCCGAUCAUCAUCACAAACAUGGCGACAAGGGCGACAAAGGGUACAAGUCGUCGCAUAGUCAUGAGAAAGGCGAGAAAGGACAUCACGACAAGGACGGGCACAAAGGCUACUACGAUGAAGAGGAGGGACAUAAGAAAAACCAUCAUCAUGACGAUGGUUACUACGCCGAGCACCAUAAAGGUGAAAAGGGUGAGAAGGGACACAAAUUCCACGAGGAAGGACAUUACGGAAAGGGACACAGUACGAAAGGACAUCACGAGGUCCACAAGGUAGAUGAGUUCAAGAAGGACAAGGAAUUCUUUGAUGAACACCAUGAUUCUGGUCACCACGAGGGUCACGGAGGACAUCAUCACGAAUAUGGGCACAAGAAGGGCGGACACUUUAAGAAAGGUCACCAUGAUAAAGGUGAACACGAAGAUCAUUAUGGCAAGAAGGGCCAUUACGAGAAGGGACAACAUCACCACGAUCAAAAAGGACAUAAGAGUUCUGGUGGUCACGAUGAUCAUCACGAGCAUCAUUCUAAGUAUGGCAAGAAGGGAGGACACGACGAUCACAAGUCGUGGGGAUUUAAGAAGGGGCAUUAA